ACGCAUGACACCGCGUGCAUGUGUGCGUUACGAGUUGCGGUGAGCAGAACGCUCUGCUGCAGCCUGUCGAAACAUCACCUGAGGAUGACCAUCCAGAAUGUGUGUGUGGUGGCUGCCAGAGACUGCUCUCAGACUGGGAACCAGCAAAACACACUGCGAUGGGACCUGUCUCCAGAAGAGAUCAGGGCCACGACAGACAACUUGAUCAACAGAGUGAAGAAGGCCUAUGAUGACAUUGGGUCCCUGAGCACAGUAGAGGUCACUGUUGAAAACACCCUGAAAGCCCUGGCUAAUGUCAAACUGGAUUAUGCAUCGUCCCGCCAUGUUCUCGACUUCCCUCAGUACAUCUGUCCUUCCAAAGAGGUUCGCUCAGCGAGCACAGAGGCCGACAAAAAGCUGUCUGAGUUUGAUGUGGAGAUCAGUAUGAGGGAGGACGUGUUCGAGCGGAUUACGGCCUUGCAGAGAAAGUUCCAAGACGACGUUUCACCCGAGGAAAAGAGGUUCAUAGACAGACUUGUUACAUUAGGCAAGAGAAGAGGAUUGCACCUGUCUAAGGACAUUCAAGAGGAAAUAAAAAGAAUAUCUAAGCGCAUCAGUGAACUCUCCAUAGAAUUUAACCAGAAUCUGAAUGAGGACAACACUUUUCUCGUCUUUUCUGAUCGGGAGCUAGGUGGACUUGCUGAUAGUUAUCUCAACGGACUGGAAAAAACAGCGAAUGGGAAGUACAAGGUGACACUUGAAUAUCCUCAUUACUUCCCCCUGAUGAAGAGGUGUUACAACCCUGAGACCAGGAGGAAGAUGGAAACAGCAUUUCACAGCAGGUGUAAAGAGGUGAACACGGCAAUCCUGGAACAGUUGAUACAGCUGAGGGCAAAGGUCGCAGACUUACUUGGCUACAGCAGCCAUGCUAACUACGUGCUGGAAAUGAACAUGGCCAAGAAUGCAGGCAAUGUGUCUGACUUUCUAGACACAUUCUAUGAGACACUGAAGCCCAUAGGUAUCAAGGAGAGGAAAUAUAUUCUUGCACUAAAAAAAAGGGAGUGCCUGAUGAAGGGCUACAAUUUUGACGGACAGAUCAACGCCUGGGACAUGCCCUACUACAUGAACCAAGUGGAACAGGGCAAGUUUGCGGUGAACAAGGACAAACUGAUCGAGUACUUCCCGCUCGACGUGGUGACAGAGGGACUGUUUGGUAUUUACCAGGAGCUGCUGGGGCUCAAGUUCACUGAGGUGGAACGUGCUCAUGUGUGGCACGAAGAUAUCAAACUUUAUUCAGCCCACGACAAGGAGACGGGGGAGGAGAUCGGCCAGUUCUACCUGGACCUGCACCCGAGGGGGGGGAAGUUUGGCCAUGCAGCGUGCUUUGGGCUCCAGCCUGGCUGCAGAGGACCAGAUGGAAAACGUAGGCUCCCGGUUGCAGCUAUGGUGGCCAACUUUACCAAACCAAGAGAAGGCUGGCCUUCCCUCCUCCAGCACCACGAAGUGGAGACUUAUUUCCACGAGUUUGGUCAUGUGAUGCACGAGCUCUGCUCCAAGACAACUUUUGCAGAGUUCAGUGGAACCCUGGUGGAGACAGACUUUGUGGAAGUUCCCUCGCAGAUGCUGGAGAACUGGGUUUGGGAGAAGGAGCCCCUGAAAAGGAUGUCUUGCCACUACAAGGACGGCAGCGCCAUUCCAGACAACCUGCUGGACAAACUGAUCGCCUCCAGAGUGGCCAACACGGGUCUGAUGAACCUGCGUCAGGUGGUCCUCAGUAAAGUGGACCAGUUGCUACACACCAGCCCUUGUGCAGAUACAGCGGAGGUGUUUGCAAAGCACUGCCAGGAGAUCUUGGGUGUUCCUGCUACACCAGGCACCAACAUGACGGCCAGUUUCAGCCACUUGGCUGGAGGAUAUGACGGUCAGUACUACAGCUAUCUGUGGAGUGAAGUCUACUCCAUGGACAUUUUCUUUAGUCGUUUCAAAAAGGAAGGCAUUCUUAAUCCAAAGGUUGGAACAGAGUACAGGAGGGUGAUCCUGGAGGUCGGUGGCUCUGUGGAUGGAAUGGACAUGCUGGAAACCUACCUGGGACGAGCACCGUGCCAGGACGCUUUUUUUCAAUGCAAAGGACUGAUUAGGUCACGGGAAAAAUAAACACUGUAGUUUGAUGUAGUCUUUUAAGAGCAUUUUUGAAAAUUAAAGCAGUUUAUAUUUCUAAUUUGAUGAAAAUCCAUGUUUUGUACUUGAGGUUUCUGCUUCUCAGGUGU